GCCCGUGUCGUUUGUUUCUCUUUCAAUUUUUUCUUCGAUUUUAUUCAAAGCAUUUGCAGUGUUGUUGUUGUGUGCCUCAUUCGGUUCUUUGGCGCUCUUCUCGCUUUAGUCAAAUGUCCACAAAAGUUCAACUCAGUUGUGUGACUUUUUCAAUUGGCUCCAGUUUCACACGGCGGUUUCGAAAACGUGGCCGACGCGAAUUUGAUCUUUUGACGCUUUUCGUUGGCGUUGUUUGUUUGUGAGUGCGAUAAUGCGAAACCCCUGCCGCAUAAAAACAAGUGGAACAAAACAAUGAUUAUGGAAAAUUGUUUAAAGUGCUUGUGGUGUACAAAUACAUUUGCACUCCAAUAAAUGCACAUUCGUAGAAAAUGUUUAAAUAAGCCAAUGAACAAAAUUAACAAGUUAUCAGAUUGUGUUGUUAUGUACACGCUACAAGUACAACAGUAUCUGUUAAAACAACAGUGUCAAUAAGAAAAGAGCUAAAUACUUAUUAGAAAAUUAUACAACUGAGUCCCUUUAAAGUGAAUCUGUACAGGAAUAGCACUCCAUUCCACUUCAUAUUUCCGCACAGUUCAUCCCUUAAAAUCCAAACAGACAUGAAUGUAACAACACCUUAACAGCGUGUGAAAUCAGACUCAGUUUGAAUGCGUGUUUCACCGUCGGCGUUUACUUAUUCGAUUAUGGUUUGCAAUAACAGAAGAUAAGCUAUAAAAACGUCCAUCUAAACAAUAUAGGCUAUUAGUGGAACACAAGAACAUUUAAACAUAAAAAUAAGAGUGACACAAUGAAAAGAUGAAAACAAAUAAUGACGUACUUUUGUCAGUGAAGCGAGCCGAAGAAUGAAACUCAUAUUCAGAUACGCAUUAUAGUGAAAAAAGCAUAAAUACGUAAAAACUAAUCAUAAAAAAGUGAAAUAAAAAGUUUAAAAACCACAAUAACAAUAAAUUUUGAACGCACGACCAUACAACCAAAGCUACUAUGUACACAUAUGUAUGUCCAUAAGUACGUGAAAUACAUUGAGGAGGCAAAAUUAAGUAAAUGCCAUAAUAACAUGGUUCGAAAGCCUUUUGUUGGUAGAAAAAAUUUGAAUUUGUUGCUUGAAGUAUUGUCUUUGUGAUUAUAUGUUUGUUGUGAAAAAAAUACAAGCGCAGAACUAAACUCUUUGGAAGUCAAAAUAGCCGCAUCAUAGCAGAAAUAGGGUCGGUGUGUCAAAUUGGGCACACAUCAAGUGUACAAUAACAACAAAGCCACUAUUUGAAUCGGCAACAGUUGAAAAAAUGUAGUUGGAAUCGUGGAAUUCCCGACAUACAAUUUGAGUCAAAACCGAUUUCGAGUUUAUUACUCUUCAUAUGAACGGUGUUAAAAGGUAGAAAAUUUCAUAUGUACACACGCACAUAAAAACAUACAUAUGUAUGUACAUAUCUAUGUAUGAAGCAAAAUAAUCAGCGUCUGAUGUGUGGAAGGUAUUGCGAUUGUAAAAACAUUUUGUGGUUCAAUAAUUUCAAUUCUCUCAAAAGAGGUAUCGGAUUGUUAAAAUUAGUAAACUUGUAGCUCCGAAAAAGUGACCAUAAACAUUUUACAACGGAACGUCGAACGAAAUUUGACUUUACUACAGAAAUAUCACAUAUUUGAUGGAAAUGACUAAAAUAUUAAGCCUCACGCUUCCAACGACUCUUGUCAUCAACCUUAGCACCACCAAUCCGGCGCUCCCACCUGACCCGAUAUCUAAUUACACUACCACUCCUGCAGCCGGAAGCACGCCAACCAACCAAAAUUUCCUGGUCUUCUCCACAAAAUGAUGGAUCGUAUCCCAUCAUUGUCGCUAUCAGGCAUAUCGCUCGCGCAUCCGCUUUCGUUAUCCACAACUGGACAGCAACUACAAAAUCAUCUCAACUCCGCAUCGGCGGUCACCUCGUCAACUAGCACAGGUGGACACCAUCAUCACCAGCAUCAUCAUCAUCACCAUUUGGGUCAAUUAGCCGCUGCUGUUCAUCAGCAACAACAACAGCAAUUGCAACAGCAGCAACAGCAUCAUCAUCAACAGGCACAUUUGCAAGCACACCACAACAGUCACCAUUUAAGUCAUCAUCAAUUGUCGUUGAAUUCAGCGUCCUCGACCAGCCACUCACCCACAUCCAGCAGCUCAGCAUCCGCGUCGCUUCACCAUCACCACAGUUCGCUACUGGCAGCCGCCUCGCAUCCAGUAUCGCACUCAGGCAUUCAUUCGUCGCCAACAGCGCUAUCGCAUCACACACACGGCGGCAAUAGCAUCCACCCGGCGUCAUCGUCCACAUCAUUGUCGCUGCAUCAGUCAGCUUCAACUUCGUCGUCGGCUGGUUCAGCUGGAUCUGGCAGCUCCGUGGCAUCAGGUUGUGGGGUCGGUGUUUCGAGCUCAUCGGCGCAUCAACUGCAACACCACAACUCUUCAGCAUUGCACAGCCAGCAUCAGCAUUCGCUACACCACACCACACAUCUUCACGGUCACGGGCAUAUAAACCCGCACAACACAACCGCCUCUUCAUCUGUUAACGCAACGAAUUCACCAAAUACCGCAUCCGUGAUGGCCGCCGCCGCAGCAGCGCAUCUGCAUCACAACUCACAGGCCACAUCGCCGAUGUCAAAUCUGCAUCAAAACAUGGGUGGCCUGAUGAAUAGCGGCAGCAGUGCCAGGUAAUUACGCCAUCCACAUAUAUUUGUUAAUCUAUGCAAAACUGCCUACCUAUCUAUUCAUUCGUAAAAAAACCUCGAUCUUUAUUGACAUUUGACGAGCCGCGUUAAUUGAAAUUCUCUCCAUUAUUCUCUAUUGAUGGUCGAGUGUUUAAGGCAUCAAACAAAAACUACGAAUUAUUACCCGUACUAUUGAUUUAAAAUAAAAAUUAUACGUGCUUGUAUUGGGGUAAAUCAUAUGAAUUUUAAUAAAUACCAAACCCCGUGGA